AUGUAGAAUCAUAAAUGUUUACACUUCCGCUUGUGUUUUGGGGUCCGACGCGACUGUGGAUAUGAAGUAGACGUUCUUAGUGGUCACUUCCGGUCUCUGUCAGAAAGUUACUUCACCAUAUUUAGCUCCAGACCGAGGCUCCCGUCACUUCUACUGGUAACUGGAGCAGAGGAGUACCGGGAGCGGCCAGUUAUCCGUGUCAGCCCGUUCCAUCAUCUCAGCGGGAGGACGCUGUCCGGGCGAGCUGGUGUCGGUGUCAGGGGCUGUCGGUGGUUUUUUAAACUGGUAAAUUGACGGAGCGUCGGCCGCAAGAAGACCCAACUACCAGCAUCAAAGCUAACGGAGCUAACGACGCUAACGGCGGAGCUAACUGUAGCAGCGCAGGUCUCUUUACCAUAUAGACGUUUUUUGUACUUGUCAGUGUUCGAACUGACCCAGCCAUGUUUACGGAGUUAUUUGGAUUCGGUGACUUGAUUGUCAUGAGUACUUGACACGUCCGCCUUCUCCGGUUAGAGCUGCUAUCCUCCAGCUGCCCGGCUAACUCCCGUAACUCCACUAACUGAGCUACAUCGAGCUUCUCGUCCUGCCACCAACACCCGGAUUCAGGCACUGACCGGACGCCGGCGAAAAGACCGGUAGGACAGGACGGUCCCCGGUGAACAGGGAGAGUCGCACGGCAGAGGCGUUGCGGCGCCGCAGCAGAGCUGGCACUGACCGGAGGAGAGUCUGAAGGUUUGACAGCUGUGAUCCGGGACGUGAACCGGGCACCGGACCUCAUGAAUGGAAAUCGGAACUACAGGAGCCGUUGGGGCCCAGUCCCUGUUCUCCAUGCCUCGGCGGCCUGGUUACGGCACCAUGGGCAAACCCAUCAAACUGCUGGCCAACUGUUUUCAGGUGGAGAUCCCAAAGAUGGAUGUCUACCUGUACGAGGUGGACAUCAAACCUGACAAGUGUCCCCGACGAGUCAACAGGGAGGUGGUGGACUCCAUGGUCCAGCACUUUAAGGUGACCAUCUUUGGUGACCGCAGACCGGUCUACGAUGGGAAGAAGAGUCUGUACACAGCAAAUCCACUUCCUGUGGCUCCAGCCGGGGUGGACUUGGACGUCACCCUGCCAGGUGAGGGCGGUAAAGACCGUCCCUUCAAAGUCACCAUCAAGUUCGUGUCUCUGGUCAGUUGGCACCUGCUCCAUGAGGUUCUGACGGGCCGCAGCAUGUCAGAACCGGUGGAACUGGACAAACCCAUCAGUACCAACCCGGUCCAUGCUGUGGAUGUGGUCCUGAGACACCUGCCCUCCAUGAAGUACACUCCUGUGGGGCGCUCCUUUUUUUCUGCACCCGAGGGCUAUGACCAUCCUCUGGGUGGAGGCAGAGAGGUGUGGUUUGGUUUCCAUCAGUCUGUACGUCCAGCCAUGUGGAAGAUGAUGCUCAACAUCGACGUGUCAGCCACAGCCUUCUACAAAGCUCAGCCCGUCAUCCAGUUCAUGUGUGAGGUUCUGGACAUUCACAACAUUGACGAGCAGCCCCGCCCACUCACCGACUCUCACAGGGUGAAAUUCACCAAAGAAAUCAAAGGUUUAAAGGUGGAGGUGACGCACUGUGGAACCAUGCGUAGAAAGUACCGCGUCUGCAAUGUGACCCGCCGUCCUGCCAGCCAUCAGACAUUUCCACUGCAGUUGGAAAAUGGUCAGACGGUGGAGCGGACCGUGGCCCAGUACUUUAGGGAGAAGUACAGCCUCCAGCUCAAAUACCCUCAUCUGCCCUGUCUUCAGGUGGGGCAGGAGCAGAAACACACCUACCUGCCCCUGGAGGUGUGUAACAUCGUAGCAGGUCAGCGCUGCAUCAAGAAGCUGACAGAUAACCAGACGUCCACCAUGAUCAAAGCUACGGCUCGCUCCGCUCCAGACAGACAGGAGGAGAUCAGCAGACUGGUCCGCAGUGCCAGCUACGAGGCCGACCCCUUCGUCCAAGAGUUUCAGUUCAAAGUUCGAGACGAGAUGGCCCACGUGACUGGGCGAGUGCUGCCCGCCCCCAUGCUGCAGUACGGCGGCAGGAAUCGCACCGUAGCCACGCCCAGUCAUGGUGUGUGGGACAUGAGAGGAAAGCAGUUCCACACCGGAGUGGAGAUCAAGAUGUGGGCCAUCGCUUGUUUCGCCACACAGAGGCAGUGUCGAGAAGAAAUCCUCAAAGGGUUCACAGACCAGCUGAGGAAGAUCUCUAAGGAUGCUGGGAUGCCCAUCCAGGGUCAGCCAUGUUUCUGUAAAUACGCCCAGGGAGCAGACAGUGUGGAGCCCAUGUUCCGACACCUGAAGAACACGUACGCCGGGCUACAGCUCAUCAUCGUCAUCCUGCCGGGGAAAACUCCAGUCUACGCGGAGGUGAAGCGUGUGGGCGACACACUCCUGGGCAUGGCCACACAGUGUGUUCAGGUGAAGAACGUGGUGAAGACGUCUCCUCAGACCCUCUCCAACCUCUGCCUGAAGAUCAACGUGAAGCUGGGAGGAAUCAACAACAUCCUGGUUCCUCACCAACGACCGUCGGUGUUUCAGCAGCCGGUGAUUUUCCUGGGAGCAGAUGUUACACACCCCCCUGCAGGAGAUGGGAAGAAGCCUUCCAUCGCUGCUGUGGUGGGCAGCAUGGACGCUCACCCCAGCAGGUACUGUGCCACGGUGCGGGUCCAGAGACCCAGACAGGAAGUGAUCCAGGACUUAGCCUCUAUGGUGCGGGAGCUGCUGAUCCAGUUCUAUAAGUCGACACGUUACAAACCCACCAGGAUCAUCUUCUACAGAGACGGCGUCUCAGAAGGACAGUUCAGACAGGUGCUGUACUACGAGCUGCUGGCCGUGCGCGAGGCCUGCAUCAGUCUGGAGAAGGAGUACCAGCCGGGCAUCACCUACAUCGUGGUCCAGAAACGACACCACACCCGACUGUUCUGUGCUGACCGCAACGAGAGGGUGGGACGAAGUGGAAACAUUCCUGCAGGAACCACCGUGGACACGGACAUCACUCAUCCGUACGAGUUUGACUUUUACCUCUGCAGUCAUGCUGGAAUCCAGGGCACCAGUCGCCCCUCCCACUACCACGUUCUAUGGGAUGACAACUGUUUCACAGCAGAUGAGUUCCAGCUGCUCACCUACCAGCUGUGCCACACCUACGUCCGCUGCACCCGCUCCGUCUCCAUCCCCGCUCCGGCCUACUACGCUCACCUGGUGGCCUUCAGAGCUCGGUACCACCUGGUGGACAAAGAGCACGACAGUGCUGAGGGGAGUCAUGUGUCUGGUCAGAGUAACGGUCGUGACCCUCAGGCUCUUGCCAAAGCUGUUCAGAUCCACCACGACACGCUGAGGACCAUGUACUUCGCAUGAGUUCCGCCCACUCUGCCAGUCACCACGGCGCUCACACAGACACACACAAACACACACCUUGUUGACUGGGACCUGACACUGUGCGGAGGGGAGGAGUCAUGGAGGAGGAGCAUCUUACCACUUUAAACGGAUUCUGCUUCUUUAGAACCCCAGGAGACAGGACGUUGGCAGGUUUAUACAGGUUUUUAUUUUAUUUCUCCUCUUUGCUGCCCACUAGUGGCUUGUUUGAGCUCAAUCCGCUCCUUCACCACCCACUGAAGCUCAGUUCAGCACUUUUCAGUUUGCUUUUUAAACAUCUCAUAAAGUUUGAGAGAAAAGAAAGACAAGGAUGGAAGGGAAGGAAGUGGGACGUCCUCUCUGAGGGCGAUGCGGGGGGGGGGGGGGGGGGGGGGGGGGGGUCAGCUGUUGUUUGAUGUCACUGGACUCCCUUAGAGUCACGGUUGUCAUCAUUUAUUCUUUUCCUCUGUCGUUUGUUUGAGGUUUAGCUCCAGCUAAUACUCCCUGACACCAAGUCAUACGAUGUUUGAUGUUUUCAAACUCGGAUUAAAGAAAUUCACUAAUCCUACAUUAUGUGGGUUGUAGCCCACAAACUGAGGGUUGUGGACAGGCCAAGACCUCUUCAGCUGCAGUUGUUUGUCUGCUCAGGACUGAGCUGUCAAUCAGAAUGACACAAUACUUUGGUACUUUUGCCCCGGAGCGCCCUCUGUUAGGAAAAGAACACAGCUGAGGCGAACGCACACAGGGUUUUAAUGUUAGGAUUUAAAGUCAUUCUUUUGGAUUUUGGAGUGAAGUCAAGUGUUUACCUGGUGAUGAUGUCGCAUGUUUCAGUCCCGGUAUUUUAUGAGACAAAUUUAGUUAAGGAGAAAGCAGUGGAACAAAAAGAACCCCUACUGGUCAUUGAAGGUGUGUGCACCUAACGCCACAACUUUGCUCGCCUUUGUGUAAGCCGCAAUAAAUAGACACAGCGACUCACUGUGGAUAGGGAAGGUACCACCUGGACCUUUGCAUGUAGACAGAAGCUUUUUUUCUGGGCACACUGCCACCUGCUGGUGAGGAGGUGAUUGGGUCAGUUUUUUUUUUACUUUUUUAAGCAUGUGUUUAACAUAUGUGUGUAUAUAUAUAUGUGUGUGUGUGUGCAUAUGUAUAUAUAUAUGUGCAUAUAUACAUAUAUAUGCGUGUAUACACCACCACAACCAUGUAUGGAUUUUAUUUAAAAGUAUAACACUGUUGUUUUUUAUCUUCCAUCAUGGACAUCAUGUGAACUCUCUUCAUGUAAACAUUUAAUCUGAUGUUUUUAGUUGCAGUAGCUGUUAUCACUCAUGGUUUUUCUUAAGCUGGAGAUGAGUGUUUGUGUUGCAGUUGUGUCAGGUUUUUUUUUUUCUCCUGGUGCAAUAAUCAGUCAAACAAAGGGACUGCGGAGAAAUAGUGCCCCCUUUCUUUUUCAUCUCUGGCAUAUGUGAGGCAGCAGAUGUUUGUGAGGAACCCGUGUCUGGGUUUGCGCCUCUGAACUGUGGACCAGAACUUUUUCACGUUUGCAGCAGCACAAAACCUCAGAGUUGCUGAUGGUCAGUUAAAGAUUAGUUCCUCCUUCAUUUUAAAGAAAAGUUUAGAACGCGUUCGGAAGCAGAAGUCGAACAGUUUAAGUGCCUGGAAGUGAGGUGGACGCGUUGAGGAGAGGAAGUUGCUCAGCCUUAAGAUGAGGAGUCAUUCAAAGAAAAAGAAAAAAAAAAAGAAGAGAUUUUCACCCGAUGCCUCUAAACGACUCUUCGCCCUGAAAGUCAGGAGGGAGGGACUUGGCUUUUCACUACUGUCUGCUGACGUCUCUGCCACAUCGCACCAGUCGUUGAACAAACAUCUGAACAUCUGUCUUGUUUCAUCUUUGAGUCUCUGCAGUGGUGUUUGAGUGGAUCUUGCUCACUUUUUUUUUUACAUAUUCACUAGAUGGUGCCAGAGGGCCUUGGGUGGGUGGAGCCAGACGGUUAGGCUGCACAGGAGUAGUGCAACGUUUGACCUGUUGUUGGUUAGUUGUAAUGGGACCCAGGUGUGUCCUUACUUAAACCAUCCAGCUGUCCUGAGGCCUGGGCCCUGGAGGACCGUCCUCCUAACACUCUGAUCUUGAACCUUAGACCCUGGUUUGGUCCUUUUCCUCAAGUUUAAUUGAAACUGUUUGCACCAGUGUGGAGGAUUCUGUAGAACUGUGGUGUGAGUGAUUGGACUGCUAACUUGUGGCCUAGAGUGCAGGUGUCGUGCUGGUCAGAAAGAAAUGUUGGCUCCGGUGUCUGAGGUUCCGCACGCUGUGCAGAAGAAGUUGCUCUGCGGAAACUCUAGAAACGCGCUGAAUGUCACUUUAGUCCCGUAGCUUCUGAGUUUAUCCCAGAAAGAUGACCAAAAACACUAAAAAAAAAAAAA